AUGUCGUCCCUGACGACGUCCAGUGAGGGAGAGAACUCCACUCCCAGGUUUGUUGUUGGUUCCAGGGAUGAUGAGACAGACUUUCUGGGAUCAAACAUGAAGACAGAUGAAACUGAUUUCUUUGAAGAUGAUGAAGAGGAGGAGUCGCCACCUGAACGACAGAUUGUGGUUGGAAUAUGUGCCAUGACCAAAAAGUCAAAGUCAAAGCCCAUGACACAGAUUCUGGAGCGUCUGUGCAAGUUUGAAUAUAUCACAGUGGUGAUUAUGGGGGAAGAUGUUAUUCUGAAUGAACCGGUGGAGAACUGGCCGCCUUGUGACUGCCUAAUAUCAUUUCACUCCAAAGGAUUCCCCCUGGAUAAAGCGGUUGCUUAUGCCAAGCUGUGCAAGCCAUUUCUGAUUAAUGACCUCGAUAUGCAGUAUUAUAUCCAGGACAGGCGUGAAGUGUAUCGGAUCCUUCAAGAAGAGGGAAUAGACUUGCCCCGCUAUGCUGUGCUCAAUCGAGACCCUGAUAGACCAGAAGAGUGCAACUUGGUGGAAGGAGAGGACCAUGUGGAGGUAAAUGGAGCUGUUUUCCCAAAGCCAUUUGUAGAGAAGCCAGUCAGUGCUGAAGACCAUAAUGUGUAUAUCUACUACCCGACGUCAGCAGGUGGGGGCAGCCAGCGGCUUUUUCGGAAGAUUGGCAGCCGGAGUAGCGUGUACUCCCCAGAGAGCAGCGUGAGGAAGACAGGCUCGUACAUUUAUGAGGAAUUCAUGCCUACAGAUGGCACUGAUGUAAAGGUGUACACUGUUGGGCCGGACUAUGCCCAUGCAGAGGCUCGCAAAUCCCCUGCUUUGGAUGGGAAGGUUGAACGGGACAGUGAAGGGAAAGAAAUCCGUUACCCAGUCAUGCUGACUGCCAUGGAGAAACUUGUUGCUCGGAAAGUCUGUGUAGCAUUUAAGCAAACAGUGUGUGGGUUUGACCUCCUGCGGGCAAAUGGCCACUCUUUUGUUUGCGAUGUGAACGGCUUCAGUUUUGUGAAGAACUCUAUGAAGUAUUACGAUGACUGUGCCAAAAUCCUCGGAAAUAUAAUCAUGCGGGAAUUGGCUCCGCAGUUUCAUAUUCCGUGGUCCAUCCCAACAGAGGCAGAAGACAUUCCCAUUGUUCCCACAACUUCAGGCACUAUGAUGGAGCUUCGUUGUGUUAUUGCAGUCAUUCGUCAUGGAGAUCGCACCCCAAAGCAGAAGAUGAAGAUGGAAGUUAAGCAUCCCCGGUUCUUUGAAUUAUUUGAGAAAUAUGAUGGCUACAAGACAGGGAAGUUGAAGCUGAAGAAACCAGAGCAGCUACAGGAAGUGCUGGACAUUGCACGGCAGCUUGUGGUGGACCUGGGAACCCACAGUGAUUGUGAGAUUGAGGAGAGGAAAUCCAAUAGAGCGUCUUGGAGAUCUGUGCUGAUGAUGUAUGGGCAUUUUUCCGGCAUUAACCGUAAGGUUCAGUUGACCUAUCUGCCUCAUGGACAUCCAAAAGCUGCAAGUGAAGAUGAAGAAGCUCGCCGGGAGUCUUCCCCAUCCCUUCUCCUGGUGCUUAAGUGGGGUGGAGAGCUGACACCAGCAGGAAGAGUCCAGGCAGAAGAGCUGGGAAGAGCCUUUCGCUGUAUGUACCCUGGUGGCCAAG